AGCGCCACUCUGUCAGUCUCCCCGCCGUCCGCUGCGCGGUGCGCCGCCCGUCCGCCCGCCCUUUACCGGCGCCGGGCCGCCCGCCGCGGACUCGGGGCGGACCAUGCGCCCGCCUAGCCCUCCGUCCGCCCGCUGGCUCUGCGUGUUGGUCGGCGCCCUAGCCUGCGCCCUCGGCCCAGCGGGCGGCUGGGAAGUCGGGCUGCAGCAGGAGGAGUGUGACUUUAUGCAGAUGAUCGAGGUACAGCACAACCAGUGCCUGGAGGAGGCCCAGCUGGAGAAUGAAACAACAGGUGAGGCCCCCACUGGCAAGGAGCCCCCCUCCCUCACACCUCUGGCGGGGACAGUCCCCCAAGAAUCAGCUCCUGGGAAGGGGCAUGGCCUCCGGGCCCCCAGUGAGUUCCUGAGAUCUGGGGCUGAGGAGGGCCUGCAGUUUGAUGAGCGGCUGCUUGAAGCCUCCAGGCCAGCCCACUCUCUGCUGCAACGGGAGAAAGCUGAAGGGGUGAGGAGGGCCGGUGUGCAGAGGGGCAGUGUGAAGAUUUUUCUCAUGCCCUGGGAGCCUCCUGUGGCAGUGCGGUGCCCCUUCUCCGUGUGUGAGGACUUCACACCUGCGCCCUUAUCAGAGGUCCUCCAACGCCCACCCACCUCCUGCCUCACCUUUGGUCCCUCUCCAGCAGCACAUCUGAACCCCCAGCCCCCAGGCGUGGGAGGAAACCCAGACCCGACAGACAAAGGAAGCAUCUGCCACACCAGCAUCCGUGGCCCUGUGACGGGGGUCAGCAUUCAGCUCAUGACAAGGGUCAGGGAUCAUUCCACGCCAAGGAUCCAGGCUGCCUGUGACAAGGAUCAGAGUUUAAAUUGCGCCUGGGGCCGCAACGUGAGCCGCAGCUGCACUGACGAGGGCUGGACGCCCCUGGAGCCUGGUCCCUACCCCGUUGCCUGCGGCUUGGAUGACAACGCAUCGAGUUUGGACGAGCAGCAGACAAUGUUCUACAGUUCUGUGAAGACCGGCUACACCGUCGGCUACAGCCUGUCCCUCACCACCCUCCUGGUCGCCACUGCCAUCCUGAGCCUGUUCAGGAAGCUCCACUGCACACGGAACUACAUCCACAUGCAUCUCUUCAUAUCGUUCAUCCUGAGGGCCACCGCUGUCUUCAUCAAAGACUUGGCCCUCUUCGACGGCGGGGAGUCGGAUCACUGCUCCAAGGGCUCGGUGGGCUGUAAGGCAGCCGUGGUGUUAUUCCAGUACUGUGUCAUGGCCAACUUCUUCUGGCUGCUGGUGGAGGGCCUCUACCUGCACACCCUGCUCGCCGUCUCCUUCUUCUCCGAGAGGAAGUACUUCUGGGGGUACAUAUUCAUCGGCUGGGGGGUGCCCAGCACAUUCACCAUGGUGUGGACCAUCAUCAGGAUCCAUUUUGAGGAUUACGGAUGCUGGGAUACCAUCAUCUCCUCACUGUGGUGGAUCAUAAAGGCCCCCAUCCUCGCCUCCAUCUUGGUGAACUUCAUCCUCUUUGUUCGCAUCAUCAGAAUCCUGGUUCACAAACUGCGGGCCCCAGAUGUCGGGAAGAGUGACAGCAGCCCAUACUCGAGGCUGGCCAAGUCCACCCUUCUGCUGAUUCCCCUGUUUGGAGUGCACUACAUCAUGUUUGCCUUCUUCCCCGACAACUUUAAGGCUGAAGUGAAAAUGGUCUUUGAGCUCGUCGUGGGGUCUUUCCAGGGUUUUGUGGUGGCCAUCCUCUACUGCUUCCUCAAUGGCGAGGUGCAGGCAGAGCUGCGGCGGAAGUGGCGGCGCUGGCAUCUGCAGGGCGUCUUGUGUUGGGACCCCAAAUACCAGCCCCCGUCAGCAGGCAGCAGCGGGGCCACGUGCAGCACGCAGGUCUCCAUGCUGACCCGCGUCAGCCCCGGCGCGCGCCGCUCCUCCAGCUUCCAGGCUGAAGUCUCCCUGGUCUGACCGCCAGGUGCCCAGGCGGGUGGGCGGCCCCUCCCGUCCGCACCGCCCCCCACCCCGCGCGGCACCGGGGGCAGAGGCCUGCCAGGCGAGGUCAGCUCCAGCCCUGAGCUCGGAGGCUGCCCGGGCACCCCCAGCUCACUGUCCGGAACCCCCUGGAGAACGCUGCCCUUGUGCCUGCCUGGGAAGACGAGGACGCAUAGAUGGGGGAGGGCUGGGAGCUCCUACCUAGAAGAUGCGGGGUGGAGCUCAGUCUUCAGACUCCGCCCCCAAAGGCCCCCUCCGCCCAUUAAGGGCAAGAAAUCUGCAUACUCUCACCUGAUUCCACCCCCUGGUAGAUCUCACUACCCAUCCGAGGAGGGCCACCGCCUAUCCCCUGACAAUGCAUGUGGGAACGUGGUGUGAUCUGAGGGGACAGAGGUCUUGCUCCGAAAGGUCACCUGCCACCGCCACCUCGACAGUGCCUGAAGUUCCACCAUUGCUGUCAGUUUCCUUUGGGUUAAGCAUCACCAUUCAGGCAUCUCUCCAAAGAUGCGGUCCCCUCCCUCAGUGCCUCCUCAUAGCUGCCAGCUCUUCAAGGUGAAUGAGUUUUUCUGCCUCCGGCAGAUGCGGUUGUAAACAAGGGGUUUUAGUUUGGGGAGGGCAGCUAUCUUCACAGUCCCCGCUAAAGUGGAGUCAUCCCGGGAUGGCUGGAACAAUUUCAGGAGCUUGCCACCAGCCCUACCAAUCCCUAUGGGCUGUGGGAGCUGCCUCUGGCUGCCUACCUAUGUGCCAACUAUUAGGACCGGGCUCAGAGAUGUACACUCUUGGGCCCCUUAAUCCUCAGAGCAACCCAGCAAAGCGGGCACUACUGUCCCUGUUUCACAGUGAGCCUCACAGAGAGCAGGUACCUCAUCUUGUCACACAGACAGGAUUUGAACUCAGAUCUUGCUGACGGGAAAGGGAAAGCACAGACUCUUAACUGCUGCCUUUGAUAUAUUGUAACAAGCUGGAUCCUCUUGCUUAUUUGUAUCACCACUGAUAUUGUUAUUACCACCAUCCCCCAAACCCCUUUCCCACCCCACCCUCCCUGGAGUGUGGCUGAGGAGUCCUCCAGCCCAUCUGGACAAGAGCCUGGUGGUUGUCAUGUCCUGUGUCCGCCCUGCACCCCUGUGGCCACAUGGCUUCCUACCCACGGCCCAGCCGGAAGAUCCCCUUGGGACUGCAAACAGGCUUGUGCAACA